AUCUUAAACUAUUUGCGAAAUUUAGAUUUCAAAACAUUGGACCUAUAUAGAAGUUACCUCCAGGAAAACUGCCAAAAAGAAGAUGCGCCCUGCUAUUCUUGGAAUAUUGCAUUCAUUGCAGGAGGGAAAAAAUUCAUGGUCUUCUUAGGUUUUAAUGAUGCCUUAGACAAGAAGAGAGAUAUCAAAGUGACAUGCAUUGAAUCAGGGUCAUUAGCACAAAUAGGGAUAAAUGGUACGUCAGAAACGGAUAAUGAACAAGAACAUAAAACGACGGCAUCAAUUUCUGAAGGGGUAUAUAAUCCGUCAACAAGGAGGAAACAACCUCCAUCUACUGACAACUCUAUUCAGGAAACUGACGAUGGCAAGGAAUCAGCAUCGGUGCUUGAAAAUACGUCAGACGAAAAAAUGGAGACUGAUACUAAUGAAAUCGAAGAUAAAGGUUUUCUGCAAUGCUGGAAGGAAUAUACAAAAAAAAUAUUAAAAAGAUGUAGGAAAAGGUUUAAUCGCAAUAAUAAUUGUGCACAAAACAUCUACACAUCUGACGACUCUCCUAAAUAUCCUGGAGUAGGCAUUCUGGUGAUCACACAUCUUCUUGCGGCUGCCACAGGCUGCGGAAUUUUAUAUUUUGUUCUGAAAAAGAUAGGUCGAUUAAGAAAUGCGAAAAAUAAAUCAGAGGGCAACAAGGGCUAUACUAAUUCCUCUUACAGUCAACAGGAAAAUACGACUCGAAUCACUAUCCCACACACAAUCCACGACUACAAUGAGGGGUUGUACCAUGAAGUGGAAAGCAAAAUGACUGCAAUUCAGUUUGAUAAUCAAAUAAAGUCAAAUUCUUUCACGAAAUCUAUCCCUUCACCUGGGCGGAAGCUCUCCAAACUUCCAGAUAUUCCACAAGAACCUGAUAAAGAUGAGUAUGAUUACUUGAUUCCUCAGACUGGAAAAGAUGGUUCACAGACAGACAAACACUUGAAAUAUACAGAAUUAAACCCAGAAGAACGAGAAAAAGAGUUGAAAACUGAGGACAGCACAAAUUCUGAAGAGUUAGAUAACAGUCCAAAGACUUCUUGUCUUUCUGAAGACAAAACUGAUGAUUAUUUCGUUCUUGAAAAAUCUACUGAUAUGGAUCUCAAGUGAUGUUUUUUCUGAGCAAAUGAUCUAUGAUGUUUUAUAACCUGAUAUAAAUAAACAAUAUAUUAACAAUAAAA